CGGGAGGGAAUGCGGGGAGGGGAGGCGAGGCCGGGUAUAAAGCCCCGCACGCCCGGCCCGCGCGCAGCCUCUCCAUUUUUCCGUCAGUACCGCGCUCACCCACCCGCGGCAUGAGCAGCGCCCCCGCGCCGGGCCCGCCGCCCGCCAGCCUCACGCUCUGGGACGAGGAGGACUUCCAGGGUCGCCGCUGCAGGCUGCUGAGCGACUGCGCAAACAUCGCCGAGCGCGGAGGCCUGCGCAGGGUGCGCUCCGUCAAGGUGGAAAAUGGCGCUUGGGUGGCCUUUGAGUACCCUGACUUCCAGGGACAGCAGUUCAUUCUGGAGAAGGGUGACUAUCCUCGCUGGAGUGCCUGGAGUGGCAGUGGCGGCCACCACAGCGACCAGCUGCUCUCCUUCCGGCCAGUGCUCUGCGCAAAUCACAGUGACAGCCGUGUGACCCUGUUUGAGGGAGAUAACUUCCAGGGCUGCAAGUUUGAACUCACUGAUGACUACCCAUCCCUGCCCUCCAUGGGCUGGGCCAGCAAGGAUGUGGGUUCUCUCAAAGUCAGCUCUGGAGCGUGGGUGGCCUACCAGUACCCAGGCUAUCGAGGCUACCAGUAUGUAUUGGAGCGGGACCGGCACAGUGGGGAGUUCCGAAACUACAGUGAAUUUGGCACACAGGCCCACACUGGGCUGCUGCAGUCCAUUCGAAGAGUCCAGCACUAAGCUCCACAUCCCUGACACCUCCCAUGAGGACCCUCAAUAAAGGUUCCUGAACCUG